AUGCAGACAGCGUUUGCUGCGCAAUUUCGCAACCUAAUCACAUCUGUGUACGUCAGCCGUAUCCUUAAGUUAUUUGAUCGCAUCCAGUACUCUACAAUGUCCGACUCUCAACCAUCCGGAAGUCUCCCCGCGGUUUCGUCAUUUUUCCCGAUGUAUUCGCCGACAUUUCCACCUUAUGUACCGUCCCUGUAUGAACCGUAUCAGUACUAUUCUGGAUUUCCUUCUGUUACUUCAUUACCGUCAACGUGUGCUCCUGUUGACGUUUUUCGCGAACAGUCACAAUUUACGAGUUCGCCACUGUAUUCUACGGUAUUCUCAACUUUCGCGUCAGUCCAUCCUACGCUCUGCACUCAACUUUCGGGCGAGACUUCCUCUUCCGAUCAGGCUCAGACUUCAUCUUCAGGAUUAACGGUGACAAGUUCAGAAACAUCCGAAGAACCUUCCACCUCUGGAGUGGAGAUGACCCGAAACGAAAAGAAUUCAAAUAACUCUCUUCUUGGGGACCAGUCUCCCGUCCAGAAUAGUUCUCCCGACGUUGAACGAUCCUGCCGGAAAGAAACCGGUGCCAGCACUGGUUCGGAAAGAACUUUUCCUGCAUUGAUCGUUUAUUCCUGCGAUAGAAUUCGUCCCGUCCUUCUGUACAAUGCACCAGAUACGAAUCGUUGCUACUCAUUCUCAUAUUCCCGUAAGAAAAGCCGUUUUGAUGUUUACUUAUGUAAUGGUUGUUAUGAAACGAAGAAGGAGAUGAUCACAGUGCUUGUCAAUAACAACCACUUCCAAUCCGAUCCUGCCAGACUUGAGCACAUUUGCACGCCUAAAUUGCUCACUGACGAGAUUUCUGCUUGGACAAAUAGGAAGGUGAAGUUGCCGUUAACGAGAUAUCUUGUCGUACAGAAGGUUGUUGUCAAGAAGGAUAGGAAACGACGUACCGUGCAGCCACGUGCUUCAAUUGUCCAGCAAACUGCCAAGAGUAAGGAUACCAGUCUUGUGAAAGUAUCAUCUGCUAAGAAAAGAUAUCAACACUAUCAUUCACUUCAUCCACCUUUAAUUGGUAUUGAAGCGAAUAGAUGUUUCUUGUUUUCUUCGAGUUGUACUUUUAGACUAUUCAUUGUGUACGUCUUUAAUACUGCUAUGCUAAAGAUUUUCAUAAAGCACCGCUAA